ACCACUGUCCACAACAGCAUGAACUUGUUAUUAUUAUUUUUUUUGUUGCAAUAUUGCUUACUUGUAAGUCAGUAAGUCACACGGUUAUACCGCCAAAACCGGCAUUCAGCGUUAAUAAUUAAUAUUUAAUAGGUAAUUGCUAUUGGAAUUUCCAUUUUUUAUGAUUACCGGACUACAGUGACUAAAUGAUACUGACUACUUUUAGCAAAUAGCAAAAGUAAGACAUACUAGUUACGACGUAUUUGUCAAAAGAGACUAGGCACUGACAAUUCAACCGAAUUAUUAUUGAAGUAAACAUGGAAGCUCAAAGGACAUUGGACUGUUUCAUUAAGAGUAGAAAAAGACCCACCACCGAAGAUGGUUUCCACAAAAAGGAAAGUGUGAACAAUACAUUUGCAAUACAUAAACCAACUAGAAAAUUAUCAUUUGAUUGUACUGUGCAGCAAACGAUUAAAAAACAAAAGAUUGAUUUUGGUAUAGCAAAAACAGUUUUCCAAAAAAAUCUAAAUGCUAGUGUUAAUAAUGGCGUUGUUGAACACAUUUUGGAGAAAAAAGAGGCUCAAAAUAAACAAGAAAUUUAUUCAGAGAGAGCUACAACUCCGGUUCAAACAUCAGCAACUAAAGCUAAAUUACGUAAAGAAUUGGAUUUGGGCGAAUUUCGGAAAAUUGUUCGUCAGAAGCAUAACUUUAAAAAAUUACGAGAAUUGAUCAAUGUGGUAGAUCAAUCUCAAAUUGCUCUUAACUCUGCUGAAUCUAAAGUAAAAGCUGCCAAAAGUCAUUACUUAUCCUCAUUUAAAUCAGUUGAUCACUUGGUUGAUACUAGCCCAAAAAAAAUUGUAUCAAGUCCCAUAAAACGAUCUCAACUUAAACCUUCAUCCUUAUUUCUCAGCCCAGCACAAUCUAUCAUUAGUCCAAAGAAUGAAAUGACCACUCAGAUGACACAGCCAACAGAAUAUGUUUCGCCUAGUAAACUAUUAGAUGAAGUUGGAUCUCUUAUGGCUUUUUCACCGUCAAAACGAUAUGCUGCAUUGGCUGAUUCUAAAACAUUACCUUUGCCGUUGAAGUACCGUAUUUUGGAUGAAUUAUUCAAAGCUAUGGAAACUGUUUCGUCCAUGAUGUUUACUAGAAAAGAAAAAAUAACAUUUAAUAAACUUAAACGUGGUGUUCAGCAUAUGACUAGAAAGAAUUUUACUGAAUUCCAGUUAGCACAAAUUAAAACUGUAGUACCAGAUUUAUUCAAGUUUGCAUUAGUUAAAUCACCAAAAGAGAAAUAUAGUCAGGAAUUAGUAAUAGUCCCGAAUUAUGGCUCAAAAGAUGAAGAUAACAUUGAUUUAAUUGGGCUAACAAUUCGGAGAAAAAAGAUAUUUUCUAAUGCACUACUUGACAUUAUGAAGGAGCAUCAUAAAAAAUAUUUGAAUACAUUAAUUCCACCUAUUGUGAUUGACAAAAAUAAAAUAACUAGAUGGCAUCCUGAGUUUGAUGUUGAAUCCGUAAUGGAUAUAAUUCCUUCAACAUUACCAAAAAUUGAAAUUAAAAAAUCAAAAUUAGAAACUGCAAAAGAUUUAUUGGAUAAAUCCCAUGCAUUAUUUGCUUACAAUAAUCGUUUGAAUCGAACUCUCGUAACAAUGAACAAUGAAAAUAAAAUUAUAACUGAAAAAAAAUUUUCUUCGACAGAUGCAAAAAAUGCAUUAAAAGGAGCACUUAAAGGGAUUCCUAAAUCAUUUUUACUAAAGAUUCAAGAAAAGCAAGCAGCAAAGGCUAAAGAGUUGAUGACAAGGUCAGUGGGUCAAUUAAAAGAAGAUAGAAUGAUGAAUAGAUUACCAGAUAUUGCAAGAAGUAUGCGUACCUAUUUCGUACAACUUCGAGGAAAUAUUAUGCCAGUCAAAAAAAUCAUCAAUCAAUUAAAGCAGAGUUAUCCUGAAACUAUGACAGACCAGGAAUGGAAAGCUCACUUCAGUCUCCUCCAAGAAAUAGUACCUCACUGGAUUGAAUCAAAAGUCUUAGAAGGAAUUGAACAUAUUCGAAUUGAUAAAAAAGUUGAAUUUGAAGAUACUGUAAUUAAAAGAUUAAAAAAAUAAAUUUUAUUUAACAGACUAAAAUUUAGCAACAAAUUGCACAAUUUUUAUAUAUUUUUAAUUUUCAGCCAUUUAUUUUGUAAAUUAUUUUCUAUAUCAUGAACAGCCUAUAACAAACAUUUUAAAAAUCAUAUGUAAUAGAAUAGUUUACAUUUUUAAAAUAAUCCUAAAUCUACUGAUGAUAAAGAUAUUAUUUUUUAAUAACAGUUUUUUUAUUUUGUUCCAAAAUUUUUAAAUUUGUAUAUUAUUAUAUUUUUAUUAUACUUAUACAUAACAUAAACCUACAAUAUAUCCAAUUAUCAAAAUAAUACAACUUACCCUUUUUGAAGUUAAUAUUUAAAUAUCUUUAUGUUAUUUAUUUAAUAAUUUUGUAUUUUGAAUAUUAUAAUGAUUAUUCUUGAUGACUAACUAUUAAAAUCAAUACAUUUUAAACAAACAGUGGGCAUAUGAUUUAGAAAAAUAAUAUGUUUUAAAUUAUAUCUAUAUAUUAUCUUAUAUCUAAAUGUUUUUAUUUCAUAGCUUAAACCUCAGUGGUGUCCAACCCGGUUUAACUUUAAGAUAUUUAUUUUUUAGCAUGUCUAAUUGUGUUUACCGUAAUAUACACAAUAAUAUUACAAACAAUUCAUAAUAUCA